AUGACACUUAAGGACACAUCUGACAUAUAUGCUGCGGUUCUAGAGACGGAUUCCUUUCGGUUCAACUUCAGUACAAUAAGUGCUUCAACAGACAAUUUCUCAGAAGCUAAUAAACUCGGAGAAGGUGGAUUUGGCUCUGUUUAUAAGGGUACGCUUUCAAACAGGCAGGAAAUAGCGGUGAAGAGGCUAUCAAAAAUUUCAGGGCAAGGUGAACGAGAGUUUAAGAAUGAAGUCACCUUAGUAGCUAAACUUCAACACAAAAAUCUUGUGAAACUUGUCGGUUUCAGCCUAGCUGGUGAAGAAAAACUACUAAUCUAUGAGUUCAUGCCAAAUGCAAGCCUUGAUCAAUUCCUAUUUGAUCCGAUUAAACGUAGACAUCUUAUCUGGGAAAGACGAUACAAGAUAAUAGGAGGGAUAGCGAAAGGGCUUGUUUAUCUGCAUGAGGAGUCUCGACUUAAAAUCAUCCAUCGUGAUCUCAAAGCUAGCAAUAUAUUAUUAGACAUGGAUAUGAAUCCAAAAAUUGCAGAUUUUGGCAUGGCUAGGCUUUUUGUUCUUGACCAAACUCAAGCUAGUACAAACAGAAUUGUUGGAACUCAUGGCUACAUGGCUCCGGAGUAUAUAAUGCAUGGAAAGUUCUCUGUGAAAUCCGACGUCUUUAGCUUUGGUGUCUUAGUUUUAGAGAUUCUUAGCGGGCAGAGAAACAGCUGCUUUCAUGGGCCAGAUACUGCUCAGAACCUUCUUAGCUAUGCAUGGAGACUUUAUAAAUACGGUUCGGCUGUAGAAACAUUAGAUCCAACUCUGAAGGGCACAUCUUAUAGAAGUGAGGCAAUGAAAUGCAUCCAUGUUGCGCUAUUAUGUGUUCAAGAAAAUGCUGCAGAUAGACCCACAAUGCCCACAGUUGUGCAAAUGCUCAACAAUUCUCUGAUCAGUCACGUAUCACCAUCACCACCUGCAUUUUUCGCUGGUAGUAUUAUAAAUAUAGAGCCUCUGUCGACCUUACACCUUGGCGAUAGUGAAGAACAAGGAAAUGCGAUUUACCAUCCAAUCACGGAAGCAGUAACAUUAACAUGGAGCGUGAAUGAAGACUCAGUUACUGAAUUAUACCCUCUACCUCAAUUAUUAUCAUCGUUCAUUCAAGAAUUGGAGAUUCCAUUCUCACAACAAUACUGUUACAAUGAUACGCAAUUUACUUAUCAUUUGUAUUUUGCACUUUCUGUCGAAUUGGGGCUUGAAUUUUAG